CGCUUUACUUGAUAAGCGGCUGAUACGAAAAUCUGAAUAUAACUCGCACAAUCCAUGAUCGUCUUCCGAUAUGGAUAUGACAGUCUCUCGUCGUCCCCAUCGCUCAUGCUGGGAAAGUGCGAACAUCUCGAGCAACCAUGAUUGUUUUACCCCGAGAGGCCCUCUAUGAUGUGGGGCCCCGUCUUCUCAGAGAAGUCUGGGCCCUCACCGGGGUCGCUAUUUUCAUCAUCGCAUUGAGAGUAGUUGCGAAAAUACGGAUCCGGAAAUUCGGAUUGGAUGAUGUCCUGAUGGUUUUCGCAUUGUGUCUAGCUAUAGUCGGAUCAGUCAUGAUCACCAUGGGCGUCCAGUACGGGUUCGGCCGCCACGUGUGGGAUAUCAAUCCCGAUCAUACCGCCACUGUCAUUAUGUAUGACUAUCUGACGCAGACAUUUGGUAUUGCUGGAGGUACCUUAGGUCGAAUUGCCUUCAUUGUGUUCGUGGUUGGGCUUCUUGGAACCAGAAAGGCCUAUAGAGUGAUCUUGUGGGUGCUUGUUGCGCUACAGAUCGUGACGAACGGGAUGUUUAUCAUCAUACUCUUUGUCCAGUGUCCGGGACAUGCUUCGGCUAUCUGGUCACAGGACGGAAAAGGAAAAUGCUGGGAUGUUCGCGUUCAAGCUUACUACGGGUACUACCAAGGCUCUUUUAACUCAGCUACAGACCUAUACCUUGCGGUUUUCUCCACUUACGUUUUUUGGAAUCUGAACUUGAAGUUACAGGUCAAGUUGGGUCUAGUUACACUUCUUGGAUUGGGACUUUUUGCGAUGGUUGCGUCCAUAAUCAAAACCGUGCAAACUCGAAUUCUCGCCCACGCUGACGACGACCCAACCACGGCAACCAUCAGCCUAGAUCGCUGGCUAUACAUCGAAACAUACCUGGUCAUUAUUACAGCUUCGAUUCCCUGCAUCCGAUCCCUUCUGAGGCCUUUUGGACAGCAAACAACAGGGACUGGGCGGAGUACAUAUGAAUUAGGGUCUCCAUAUGCAGGAAGCUCCGGGCCUCGGUCCAGGAGGUUGACACCAACUGUACCUGGGAAGGGGAUGAUGCGUAUCUCGGAUGGGAAUGCCAGCGCGGAUGAUAUUUCGGAAUGGGAUGGAACGGGCAGCGACCAGGUGGAUGAGCUUGCAGCCUCAAAGAAGUCAAUACAUGUUUAUGUGUAG